AUGAUCGACUCACAGUGGCGGUCUUGGAACCACUAUUCCGCGAUUGGCCCGGACCCACGUGCUGACACCAGUCGGCUCAGGAUGCGUAGCAGAGGCAAGGGCUGUCUCGUUCCUGGAGCGACUUUCGUUGGUACGCAAAGAAGUGGUCGUAGCACUUAUGAGGUCGGCGUGCAGAUUGUGAACGUGGACUUGGAAGCAAGUCAUCUCUGCGGCUACCUCAACAUCCGCGGUCUCACCGAGGACUGGCCCGAGUUGACGACUUUCUUUGACGCCGAGAUCAUCGGGGAUCGUCACAGCUUCGUCACGAACAAGUGGGGUGCAAAGGAGGCAAAUGACAUGACGCAUUGGGCUCGCUUCAGCCCUUUCAGAUCUUUGCGCAACAAGCUUGACAAGACUGGUCUUUUUGAUCACAUGACCAAACCCUACGUCUUCAUGAGGUGGAAGGAGCGCUUUUUGGUGCCGGAUCAUCGCGUGAGAGAUAUUCACGGGGCAAGUUUCGCUGGAUUCUACUACGUCUGUGUGGAGCUGGGCGAAUCUUCGACCUCAGCUGCUCGGGCUUCGGCUGCUGCCCUGGCUGCGUCUUCUGACGUUACGCAGCAAGACUUUGCCGGCUUCACAUCCGAAUCAGAUGCCAAUUCGACGCAGAGGCGCAGAGGUCAGACGACCCUUGGAGGUAGCGCGAUGAUGUUGGAUGAGGACGACGAGGAAGAGGUGGAAGCCGAUCCUAACUUCGAUGCCCUGAGUCGCCCUGCGCGCGAACCUCUUGUUCCAGGUCGAAUGACGGGAUUCUACUACCAUGCAAACUCAGAGCCAUAUCAACAGUUGGCGCUGCAGCAUGUUCCCGAACCUUCGUCGGGCACUUUCGAGAUGCGCUGA